AUGCCUAUUUUAGUAAAAGAUUUCACGUGGUCUCAAACAAAUAAUGUUGUUCAUAUUAGAGUCCCGUUAAAUCCGGUUGCUCAUGAGAAAGUAGAUCUAUUCCCUACUGAGAAGUACAUAAAGGCUAAUUUUAGUCCAUUCUUGUUCGAAGUAUUUCCACUUUACGACGUAAAUAUAAAGAAAAGUAAAUGCUUUGUUAAAGAAGACGUGAUUAUUUUGGACUUGAUGAAAAAUGAAGAAAUUACAUGGGAAUGUUUAGAAAAGCAGCUUACAAAGGAGGAGAAAAUGAAAAUAAGACAAGAGGUUCUUGAAAAGUGCCUGGAACAAGCGAAGCAGGAAUCGGAAGAUAGGCAAAUUAAAAAGAGCCAGUUGGAUAGGUACACUGUUCAGCAAGCAAUGGAAAUAGAUAGUCAACAACAUAAACUCAUGGACUCUCGGCGGGAUCACGAAAGGAAGAAAGCUAUGGAUGAGCUAGAGGAGUGGAGAGUAGGUAAAGUGAGUGUUACAGAAGAAUCUAAUGACACUAAAUUACAAGGUCAGGGAAAUGAGAAAAUUAAAGCACUUCCACCACCAAAAGAGGAAGAACGGGUUGAAAUCAAUACGACAAAAGUUGAAAAGGAAGCACAGGAAAAAGACGAAGAGAAAAUGACAAAGGAACCAGUAUUAAAGUCAGUACCGAGAGCGCAAAAACCUCCAAAGCCUGUGAAGACUCCAGUAAAAUCUGAAUACGUGGAAAAGAAGAAGGAGGAGACUGCAAAGAGAGUGUUACCAAGGUUGAGGCAAACUAUGAAUCUGGAGAUUAACCACACGCCGCGGACUUUCCCUACGCCCAGCAGAGAAUCUACUGCCGAUGAAGAACAGGCUUGGCUGAAGAAUAUUACUUUAGCAAGACGAGCGACUGGUUUCGUCUCCGAAGACCUAAGACCAGAAGAACAAGAUCCUCAAUGGUGCAAGGAGAAGGGUGAUGAAUUCUUCAAAAAUGGCAACUUUCUCGGAGCCAUCAGUGCGUACACUCACGGCAUAACACUAUCAGACAAACUGCCCACCCUGUUCGCCAACAGGUCUGCUACUCACUUCGCACUUGGCAAUUUUAAUAAAUGCUUGAAUGACUGCUCUACAGCCUUGGAUCUUAUGAAGCCACCGUGUGAGAGUAACCGGCGCAGUCGUGCGAAGUGUAUCGCCAGGCGGGCGGCCGCGCUCGCUCGUCUAGGUUACCUUAGCAAAGCCAUCGACGAAAUGAAAGCUGCCGGCAAACUGCUACCGGACGACGAAACCAUUCAAAAAGAUAUUUAUGACAUGGAAAGAGCUUGGGAACAAAAUCCCGAUUCCGAUUAAUGAAGAUGUGAAAGCAAACACAAUUUUACAACAGAAACAUAAUAUUUAUUAGGAAUAAAAUUAUAAUACAUUAACGAAAUGCAUAU